AUGGAGGGCACGAAGCCGUCCGAAGGCGCUGGAGGCCCACCAUCGAAGAAGCCGUACCCUCCGCGAUCAGGACCAUCGUCCUUGAGAACUGCGGGACUUGGAGAGGAGGAGGAGGUGGCGGGAGCGCGGGAGGAGGCCGUGGCGGUACCAAUCCGUGACGGUGCGGGCCCCACUUCCACGAGGUGGGGCCGACAAGGGGGGGCGGCGAGCUUGGCACGGGAGCGAACGCCUUCGCGGACAGCAGAAGGACAGUAGCGAGCGUGGGAGUUCCCCUUCCCGGGUCGGUGGCACCCGCUGUGUCGUACGAACACAGGGAAAGGAUGGCCGGGGAGGCACGAGCGUCGAGGGGGAGCGGUUGGUCAACGCACUCACCUUCGGGUCUUUGGGAAGUGGUACCAACAAGGUGUAUCAAAGGAUGUGGAACACGUGGAAGGAGGCUCGUGCAGGGGCGGGUUCGGGCCCGUGGCUCCGCGAGUGCGAUGGGGUGGAAAGUGCGGUGCGUGAGCUGUCGGUGUUCAUGGUUUGCCGGUGUUUCGGUCACAAGAACCAGAGUCAGACUAUCCGCGGGUAUCUCUCAGCCAUCAAGUACUUCCAUAAGAUGCACGCAGGAUGGGAGUUGCCCACUUCGCAUUUCNCUCCUUGCCAUGCUGAAGACCAUUGAUAGGGUCCACGCCAAUACGAAGACGAAGCCUAAGGUUAGGGACCCACUCACAUGGAACAUGCUAGAGGCUGGAAAGUGCGUGGUCGAAAAAUCGGGAGAAUCAGGGAAGUUGAUGUGGUGCGGACUUGCCCUCUCGUACAUGCUGAUGUGCCGAGCUUCAGAACUCUGGGCGGACGACUCGGGGCUCGUGCACUCGGGUUUUUUUCUAACAAGAGGAGACCUGGGUUUCUUUUGCGGUCCGGUAAGGGUUGCAUGGGCAGACCGGAGGCAGGCUAGCCGAGUGGAAGUCACGUUCAGAGCGUCAAAAGCAGAUCAAAAACGUUUGGGAGCAACCGUCACUAGAUCGGGAGAAGCGUUGAAGGUGUUACGCGAUAUGUUAGAUCUGCACCCCGAGCUUGGGAGUCAUGCGCCGUUGACGCAAUCGUGGGCACAAGACAGGUAGAAGGUUAUUUCGAGGGCAGAGGCAUCGAGACACCUCAGGUUACUCGUUAGUGCGGCGGGUAGAGACCCACAGAAGUAUGCGUUGCAUUCAGGAAGGAUUGGGGGGGCCGCGCACCUAGCAAGUAUGGGGGCGUCAGUAAUCCAAAUCCAGAGAGCCGGGAGGUGGAAAUCAUCGGCUUUUAUGGUGUACGCUAGGGCGGGGGAUGAAGGAGCAGACUUUGUGUCUCAGGCCCUUACGGAACCCGAGGAGUGACCAGGGAGCGGUUCGGAGGAGUAGGUCAUCGGACAUGCUCAAUGGAGUAAGAUGUGUUUAGGCCAGAGGCCGAAACAAUAGUAAUGAUAGUAGGGCAAUCUUGGGAAGUUUGCAACGGGUUAGUCCGAUAAGAUAACGUUGGGAGCAAGACGGCAUUUUACCUGCGCUCUCAAUUUGUUUCAUGUGUCUUGGUUUUUCUUUGGUUGCCUGCAGAAAAAAUAACCCAUAAUUCUUGAGCAAACAUAAACGAGAAGAUUCAGUACGUAUUGGAAUCUGUGGUUUGUGGAGGCGUGUUGGAAUUCGGAAAAGCGGGAUCGAAGAUAAAUAGAGACAGCCCUGGUGUCAGAAAGUUUUUGUGCUCUCGCUGGGCGAGAGACAAGCAAGUGCAUUUGAGAGAAGGAGAGGAGUAGCAGAGACAGCAGCUUUGAGGAGCAGCAAACACGGUGUGCCGCCUAGGAUUUGAUCGAUUUUCCCCCCCACCCACACCUAUCGCUCAAGAGAGGGGGGAGCAUGGGGGGGCCUAGU